CACUCUCCCUCUAUCUCUCUUUCCCACACACAAACCAAAACAAGAUCCAAAAGAAAAUGGCCCUCGUAAAGCUACUUGUGACCAUCGCAAUAACAACCGCAAUCACAAUCGCAGUCAUCACCACCAGAACCACCACCACCGUGGAACGCACGAGCUUUGAUGCACCGAGAACGCAAACUACAAGGCCGAGCAGGUUCUUGGCUCAGAAGGAAGUAGGCGAGCGAAGCCCUAGCGCGGCGGACCAUUGCAACAAGGAUCCUGAGAUAUGUAGCCUCUACGGAGGGGGAGGAAGCAACUCGACGGUGACGUGCUGCAACAACAAAUGCAUUGACGUGGCCAGUGACGACAAGAACUGUGGCGCGUGUAAGAACAAGUGCAAGUUCUCACAGACGUGUUGUCAAGGCCAAUGCGUUUACUUGAGUUACGACAAACGCCACUGUGGACAAUGUAACCAUUCGUGUGAGCAGGACGAGUUAUGCGUCUACGGUCUCUGUAACUACGCGUGAUCGAUCCAUCGGGUGGUGGCGUAUUCUACUAAUUAAGUACUAACAAAGAAACUAAAGCUAA